AUGAUGCCAAUGUUUCAUCACUCGAGUCCACCUAUUCAACCCUUUGGACAGCUUCAAAUUGAAUCGACUGUUGAAAGAACAUCGUGUCCGUGUGAUACAAGUACUAUGGCAAAUGGCUACAUGUAUUCAUCAGAUCGUAUUGAUCGUAAUGAUGCUUCUUUAUCCUCAUCUGAUCAAGAUAGGAGAGAUAAACGUUGGUGUAGCAGUACUAGUCGAGGGAGUUGGGGACGUGCAUGGAGUCGAGCAUUGAGUGUUACACAGGAUCGAGAAAACCAGACGACGAUUCCAGCAUUUGUGACAGCAACACCAACGUCAGUGUGGAAUACCUUUUUACAAACGGUGAGUAAUUUUGCAGAUAAAGUAGCAAUAACUGGACGGGAACAAGUGGCUGAUCGGACUCGUCGUAGGCGUUCGUUGUAUACUGCCCCCAUGGUGGAUGUAGCCUAUUCAUGGGCACAACAUGCCGUUCGCGUACGUUGUGUGGCAAGGAUGUUAUUGCAGCUUGGAUUUUGUGCUGGAGAAGGAGUUGUGAUUAGUGCUCAGAACAGUCCGUUGUUACAGGCGGUAAAUCUUGCGGUAGUGUCGCUAGGUGGCGUAGUAGCUCAUGUUCGCAGUACAUGGAGCGCAAGCGAACUUCGGGAACAUAUUUUUCCGACUGCUGACGCGACGCUUGUGGUUGUCGACUCGUUAGAGGAUAACUUUCGACAAGCACUAGAAGCGCUGGAUGAUCAGCCGGAGACACUUCGACCAACUUUUCGUGCGGUCGUGAUUCUUGGUGAUUUAGCUGCUGUAGACUGUGCUGUCGCGAACCUACCUGCUAAUAUUAUCGUUGUUGGGGCAGAGGACCUUCUUGCGACCAAUACAUUUACAACGGGUGAUGCUGCUAUGACGCCGUCGCUCAACUCGCUGGCGCCCUGUGUAUUGCCAGGUCAAUGCUGUCUGCUAGCCUUCGAUUACGAUGGUUUAGGACGCAUUCGAGGCGCUGAGCUAUCGCAUGACAAUGUCAUUUAUACGGCAGCUGCCUUGGUACGAAGCUUUGGUCUUCUUAGUCGUGACCGUCUGGUGGGAUACUUGCCGUUGCAUCACGUGGCAUCGCAAGUGAUUGAGUUUUAUAUGCCACUUGCUGCAGGUUUACAAGUGGUUUGUGCGCCAACGUACGAUCUGCCCCUUGUUCGUGUGAUUGCAGAGCACAAGCCGACGGUUUUUUUCGCGACACCUGCUACGUGGACGCGCUUUAGCCAGCAAGUUUAUCGCGCUAAAGGUGACGCGAAUGCUGCCAUAUACCGUUGGGCCAAGACGCGUGCUACAAAUAACUCACAGAAGCUGCUCUUUGCUAAAGGCAAAGGAGCGAAGAGCCGGAGUUUAGGCUACAUGCUUGCAAAGGCACUUGUACUGAACAACAUCAAGAAGAAAAUUGGACUUGAGAGCUGUACUGCAUGCUAUUCGGUGUUAGCCCCGCUCGAUUUCGAGCUCGAGCGGCUUUUUAAGACGGUUGAUACGCCAAUCUACCAGCUCUUUGGUACUGCUGAGACGUCUGGUUUUGCUGCAAUCAAUUUCCCGCACGCUUGGGAGUUAGGAAGCUGUGGUCGUGCAUUGCCUGGCACCACGAUCCGAUGUGAUGAGCGUUCUCAAGAAACAGUGCUACGUGGACGCAACGUAUUCCAGGGUUAUCGCUACUCUCGUUGCAGUGGCACAAAAAGCAGCAACAAUAGCCUAAGUUCUAACUAUUACAGUGACGACACCAGUGACCAAUACACUCCAACGUGUGACUCAGAUGGAUGGCUCUGUCUAUGGCAACGUGGAUUUCUAACGCCUACUGGUUUUCUCAAGCUCAGUGAUCCGCGAGAUUUUCUCGUGCUUGCCACGGGCGAUUGGGUUCCUAUUCAGCCUUUUGAGCGGGCAAUGAUGGAGUUGAUGCCAGAACUCGAUCGUGCUGUGCUAAUAGGUGACGGCCGUACGUUUGUAAGUGUGCUCUUAUUUCUCAAGACCAGUGGUGCCGGUUGUCGAAGUGCUGCUACAAACAAGCAGAUAAAUGGUAUUCCACUGGACGAUGUUGCACUGAAGGUUGGGUAUCUGAUUGGCAGUAGUGCUACUACAGUUACCGAGGCGAUUCGUUGCCAACAAUGGGCUGUACAUUUUGACACGAUUCUAGAGAAAUUGCCUCAAGUGUGCUCAAUCUCUGGUUAUCGUGUGUGCAAGUGGAUUCUAAUGGCUACGGAUUUUUCUAUCGAGUCUGGUGAACUAGAUCCAGAUACGGGCGACAUUUGUCGUCGCACGGUGGAUCAAAAGUACCAGGCAUUACUAGAUUCAUUGUAUAGCUAA